AUGCACACUUGGGCUUUGAGAAACUUGAUCACUGAAUUUGGACGAGCUGCUCGGAGACCUCAUGUUCCUCGGGAAUCGGCCAUGCGGGAGCUCUACGUAUGUGCCGGGGUGGAUCUUCCAGAGGGUGGCGGUGGCUGGGAUGAACUCAAGAGUUCAACGUCCGACCUGAGCCCGGAUGCACCUGCCACUGAAGCUGCUGAUGACUACGAGGGUUACUGGGAGGAAGGUGAAGAGGAGGCGCUUGAGGUGGAUGCUGAAGUCGAGGCCAGAGGUAUCUCGACGCCACAGAUCUUGGACUUGGCCACGAAGAACAUCCACGGCCUGGUCAGGAGAUCGAAGGAUGGUUUCGAAUGCCAGAUUUGUGGGAUGAUUGCUUGUGACAUGGAAACUUUGAAGUCGGUUGAAUGCACUUCAACACCCGAGCCCAAGAGUAUCGAUAACAUGGACACCCAAGUGAUGGAUUUGACAGAAGUGGCGGAGGCAGCAGCUGAAGAGGAAGAUUCCAGACGCUCUACAUCAGAACUCCUUCGUGCACAGACAUGGGUUCUUGGACAAGAAACGCCUGAACAGAAAGACGACAAGAAGGAGGACACAAAUGGCACGGAGAUUCCAAUGGUACAACAGCCUUCCGAAUCCAAGGAAUCAGAAGAAAGCGCUAUGGUACCUGAACAGAGGGUUGAGGAGGAGACUGGAGCCACAGCUGAGGAAAAGAACGUUGAGGAGAAGACUGGCGAGAAGAGUGAAGAGAAGAGAGAAGAGAAGGCGGCUGAAGAAAAGGCUGUUGAAGAAAAGGCUGAGGAGAAAACAGCUGUUGAAGGAACAAUUGAGGUGAAAACUGCAGAAGGAAAGACUGAGGACAAGACGGCUGUUGAAGAAAAGGCUGAAACUGAAGAGAAGACUGAAAAGGAGAAGACUCAAGAGAUCGAGACAAACGGGGCAGAGGAGACACCAGAAGAGAAGACCGAGGAGCAUGAAGUGAAGAGUGAAGAGAAGAUCGAGGAGACCCAAGAGAGUCCUGUGAAGAGUGAAAAGAAGGUUGAGGAGGUGAAGAGUGAAAAGAAGGUUGAGGAGGAGAAGAAAUCAGAGAGUGCGGAGAACGGGGAGAAGGGCAAAGAAGGCGAGAACGCAUUGCCGAUUGCGCGACCAAAAGCUCUUGAUGAGCACAAGCCUGUUGCUCCAGAUGAUCAGCCAAAAGCAGCAAAGAAGAAGAAGAGAAAGGGUGGCUCUGCAGAUGAUUGCGAGGAUGAAGAUGACAACCAGGAUGUUGAGGAGAAUGAGCAGAAGAAGAAAGGACCUGGCAGGCCCAAAGCGAAAGCCAAAGCCAAAGCCAAGGCAAAGGCAAAGGGCGAGAAGCCAACAGGAAAAAGGCAGAAGACCAACAAGCACCCCAAUAAAGGACAGGAGGAGCUACAGGACCAACCGAAGGCCAAGAAAUUCAAGGCAUCGGCGUCGGCAGAAAAGAAGGAGGGAGAGGAGGAAAAGGUGGAAGAGAAUGAGAAGGUGAAAGCCAAGAGGACGAAGGCAGAAAAGCCCGAUACAUCGUCGAAGAAGCCAAAGAAGUCGCAGAAGGACAAGGAAGAGGAGGACAAGGAGUCAAAACAACCGACCAAGGAGCCAAAGACAAAGAAGACUGGGAAGACAAAGGAACAGGAGCAGAAGGCCAUUGAAGGUGGGAAUUCAGAAAGGACGACGACCUCAACGAGGAAAGCAGCAGAGUCACAGGAAGAGAAGGAGAAAGCAUCACAGAAGGGCAAGAAGAGCGAUGAUGCAAAGAAGGAAGAGAAGGAGCGAGGAAGGAAGAGAAAAGUGCAGGAAAGCCCAAAGGAGAAGACCGAAGGUGCUGAUGGUGUUUCGGAGAGGGAUCCUAGCCCAAACACCCUGAAGAGGCAGAAAAGAUCCAAGCAGUGCUGUGCCUACAAGCAAGCCUACAACAUGGCAAUCAACUCCGGCAAAGAUGAGGAGGAGGCAAGGGAAGAAGCUCGAGCAGUGACUGGACCCAACUAA